AUGCCGCACCAGACUACAAGCAAAGAUGAUAUCCGCAAACACUUGUACCAACCUAUCGGAGCUUCCGAAUAUCGCAUCAUACAUCUUCUUCCUGGUACCUUUUCUGAUGAGAUUCAGUGCAUCUUGGAAACUCGGUCUCCUUCUAUUAUGACUAGCUACGAGGCAGUCUCUUACCAAUGGGGCGACGAGUCAAACACCAAGCCGAUUUCUGUGGCAGCUGUGGAAUCCCGAUCUCCAACCACAUGGCCGUGGCUUCAAAGGACGACUGAAGUCUCGAAAACGUUACUCGGGGCCUUCAUGUCAACAGUUAAGCCGUAUCUUGUCCCUCUGUGGAUCCUCGCCUGGGUUGUGGCAACCGGACUUUUCUGGCACCUCUCCUCGCUCCAUAUAUUCGAACCGCCAUCUUGGGUCCCAUCGUUCAUCCCCCGAGAUGUUUACAUGGCCAUCAUAAGUGCAGUGUAUGGUGCAGCAUUUCCGGAGCUUCUCAGGGCCUCUUUUACACUUUCCGCUGAGAUGAGCGAAACAAAACCCUUGCUUUUUGUACUUGAUUUGAUACGUGGUCCCCGUUCCCUCGCACAGCCGUUGGAGUUCGCCAGCUUCCAAGUGACCACCAACUUGGCCCUGGCACUGCGUCAUUUUCGGAAGGAAAACCGUUCCCGGGCACUGUGGAUAGAUGCCUUGUGUAUCGAUCAGAAGAAUGAGGAGGAAAAGACAGUGCAGAUCCAGCGAAUGGACUGGAUAUAUGCCAACGCAUCUUCCACCGUGAUUUGGCUGGGCGGAUACCACGGGCUAGCAGAGCAAGACACAUGCGAAGGGGGAUCAUCACGUUAUUGUGAGCAUCGGCGCCAGAUCGAGUCGGCUUUCGAUCAUAUCUGGGCUCUGAGUGGGUGGCGAAAUAUCUUCGGUUGGUACUUUGGCCGAUAUGAACAGCGACGUUUCCGAGCCUCACAACGAGGUCUGGAAGUCGCUCUUUCUACAGGCCGAGUACGAAUUCAGUGUGGACACGACACAUGUGGCCUGGACGACCUUGCAUCAGCUUGGCACUCGAUACCUUUUGAGCAUCCCGAGCUUAGUAAGGAUUUCCGGCCUGGCAACCAUAUUCUAUCGACCAUCAGAGACUUUCGCUAUUCAUUCUUCCACGUUCGAGGAGGGUAUCUCGCCCAUGGAAUCUACAAGGCCCUGGGCGCUAUCCACCCUAGUCUAUCCGGUGGACCUCGAUUCCAUGAGCUGCCAUUUCCCAAAAGGCUUCAGAGCAUCUUGCUCGGAACUGCGGGGCAGUUCAAGUGCCGCGAUGACCGAGAUAGGCUGUAUGCCGUGCUGGGCAUCGCGGGAGGUGUCACAGUCGGACCAAGGACCAAGAUGGCCACCUUGAUGGACAAGCUCGGCAGUCACUCAACGCAUGUAAUACUGUGUCAGCAUCUGGACGAGCUCGUGAAGGGAUCAAGUCAGAUAGUCACCGUAGCUGGCAUCAUAUUUUCACUCGCCUUAUCGACAUGGGGAGCAUAUUACGAUUCGAGGGCAAGGUACUGGACAAUCAGCCGGCCUGACUAUAUCAUCUCGGGGUACAAGAGGGUGAUUGAUGCUGUGACGGGUAGACGACCUAGUAGGGUCGAAUUCUUCACUGCUUUGGCAGGGUAUCUCGCCAAGGAAACAGGCAGUCUGUCCUUCCUUGACGCAGCAGCCUGUGGGGAGGAUCCAGACGAGGACAUGCCGUCGUGGGUACCGAAUUGGUCGAGAGAAGUCAGCAAACAGGCUUACAACUUGGCUAUCCGCAUCAACAAGGAUCAAGCUCCAGAUUCUUUCAAGAUUGCCAACGGCGGCAAGACCCUUCAGGUUAUCGGACAGUGCAGCACAAUCGUGAAUGUUGUACAUCCGGUUGACUUGCAAAUACUCCGGGCAUCGCCAUGGCAGGGCGCUUUCCAAAAGAUCAUAGCUCUCCCAAAAGAAGCCAGGGGUGCGAUGCUCUCGUUGUCAGAAUUCAUUUUCACGGCCACAUCCCCCUACUCCCCAUACAAGCGUGGAAAAGCCGACAAAUGGCUGAUUCUGCUGAUGUUUGGCUUGUUCAACAAAUGUCUGGAUGUUGGAUUUGAGCAAAUGAGAUCACAGGAUACAAUGAUGGUGUACACGAAUGAUGCGAUGGCGGAAGGGAUGGGAUAUCUGAAACAUGGUGUUGCUGAUAAGGGGGAUCGCCUGUUGUUUGUGCCUGGCUGCUUUCAUCGCCUGGUGUUGAGGCGAGCGCAAAUGACGGAGUCGGACCGGUGGAGGAUCGUUGGGCAGGUGGCCAUGGAGCGGGAGGAAGGCUAUACUCGAGAUGAGUGGGCGCAAUUACUUGAAGAUGAACUUGACACCAUGCCCAGCAAGUCUAGCAAAACUCAACAGACAAGGCUUAACUAA